CUGUCCAUGUAACCCUACCGGUCCGUUGGGUCGCGGGUGAACCGGGUCCACGGAAGGCGGGUGUUACACAAAUCUCCAGUCUGGAGUCGAAGGUCUUGGCCUUGGAAGGCAAAGAGGGAGUCUGAAAGCCGAAAUGGUUGAAAGGGAAUCUCGGAUCUCUGAGUUGGAGAAUUCACUCCAUGGUGCCAAGCAAGAGGGUGCCCGCUUUAGUGAGCUCAUGUUGAAACACAUGGGGUUGAGACGGAUUGCCCUCGAGAAGCUGGAGGAGAAGAGAAAGACCGCCAAUGAGUUCCGGUCAAAGGUGGGAGAACUGGAGAAGACUAUGGCUUCCCAUCAAGAAGAGGUGGCCACCCUGACUGCCCGUGCCGAGGCCCUCUACGAAGAAGGGAAAUUUGACAUGCAAUUUUGCAUCUACGAGGCGAUCCGGAGUGGUCUCCCGGCUCAUCGGUCCUUGUUGGGCGAAUUGAGUGUGGAGGCUCGACCAGGAAGGGCAGCCGGCCCUAGUCUUGGUUCGACCCAUAUGGCACCGUGUAUGGAAACAAUGGCAGAUGAAAAGAUAAAGAUUGAAAAGAUUGAUGGAAGUGAUUUUGGGUUUUGGAAGAUGCAAAUCAAGGAUGUUCUUUAUCAGAAAGACUUAUACCAAACGUUAUCGGGAGAAAAGCCAAAAAAGAUGAGUGAUGCAGAUUGGGCGAUUUUGGACAGGAAAGCUUUAGGAGUGGUUAGGUUGUCAUUGGCGAAGAGUGUUGCUUACAACAUAGUCAAUGAAACGACUACGCAUGGGUUAAUGAAAGCUUUGUCGAAUAUGUACGAGAAACCCUCAGCAUUGAACAAGGUGUUUUUGAUCAGACAGUUGGUUAACACCAGAAUGAGGGAGGGUGCUUCAGUUACCAUUCACAUCAACCAGUUUAAUUCGGUCAUAACUCGGUUAGGAUCAAUUGGAAUUAAGUUUGAUGAUGAACUUCAGGCAUUGCUGCUUUUAUCUUCUUUGCCUGACAGUUGGUCUGGAACAGUGACUGUAGUUGGUAGUGCAUCUGGUACUACUAAGUUUACUUUUGAAGGAAUUCGGGACUUGAUUCUAGGUGAUCGAAGACAUCAGACGCAGAAGUUCAGGGGAUUCUUCGAGUGCACUGUUGACGUAGAGAGUAGUAUAGAUUCCUGGGUGAUGGAUUCUGGUACAUCUGUUCAUGCCACACACAGCAUGAAGAUGAUGAAGAAUUUGAAGAUUGGGGACUUUGGUAAGGUACGACUUGGUAACGAUGAAAUUCUGGAUGUUACGGGCAUGGGGGAUAUUGACUUGAAAACUUCAGUUGGAGCCACUUGGACUUUGAAAAACGUCAGAGUCAUUCCAAGCUUGAAGAGGAUGCUUAUCUCAGUUGGGCAGUUGGAUGAUUCGGGUCUUGAUGUUAAAUUUGGUGGUGGACAGUGGAAGGUGGUAGGGCUGGGUUCUCAGUUUGUCUUAGAAGCCAGGAGAGUGAUAGAUGUGUCACACUCGGAGCUAGCAGAGAAAGAGAACGAGUCACGGGUUGUGACUGAUGAGUGGGAGCUUCAACGGGCCUUCAGAUAACUGAAGAGAAGGCCGCUACCACUAGUGGAAAAUGAGGAUUACAAGAGUUACAGAUGAUGAAGACUAAGGGGCGUUGUUCGAGCCUCCAAGUGGGAGAUUGUUGGGCGAAUUGAGUGUGGAGGCUCGACCAGGAAGGGCAGCCGGCCCUAGUCUUUGUUCGACCCAUAUGGCAGUAAAUUAGGUUUUUAAUU